AUGGUCGAUGUCCCCUCCGUCCUGAUCGGCAUCCCCUUCCUGGCCGAUGCCAAGCCGCACCACCGGCGCCGUAUCCUCAAGCAGGCACUGAACCAGCUGCCCGAGGAGACCAGGAACCGGGUCUAUACGCUCGGUCGAGGCUCGUCGCCGUACGAGGUGGACGCCAUUAUGGGCCCCAACACGAACACCGUCGUGAUAGCGGACGACGAAGUGCAUGUGGGCCUGUUCACAGAGGUAGCGAGAAUCAACCAUGCCUGCAGACCAAACGCAUACUACCGCUUUUCUGAGCGGCGCUUGACCAUGGAAGUGGUCGCUUUCCGUGCCAUUGAUGCGGGGGAAGAGAUUCUCAUGAGCUAUGUGCCCCUGGAGACGCCGGCGGAAGAGCGCCGGAGGUACCUGAGGAACCACUGGGGUUUCGAGUGUUCCUGCUCGCUCUGCCGCGCUUCCCAGCUGGACCUCGACAACUCCGAGGUCUGGAGGAGCAAGGUCAAGAGCCUGAAGGAGACGAUCCUGAACGCGAGGAGCGAGGGCUUCUACCAGAACGCCAUCACCAUGACCGAGGAGUGGCUCAUGGUCUCCGAGUGGGACAUGACCCCGCCCCUGAUGGCCGAGUACCACGACACGCUCGCGGACCUGUACUUUCUGAAGGGGGACAUGGUCAACGCCACGAGAUACGCUCGCAUGGCCGUGGAUGGCUGGGCGCGGCUGGGCAGCGUGGAUGACGAGCAACUCGAGAGGUCCAGGCUGUUUCUCCGCCGCAUAAUAGAUAUUAAUUAG